GCACCCUAUCAUAUAUCCAACACCCUCUCUCUCUCUCUACAGAAAAACGAAAUCAUGGCGUGUAAUUACCGUUUUGCCACUGUGUCUCCCCUGCUUUUACCACUCUUCGUCUUUCUCCUCUUCACCUCCUCUUCCAUGGCGGCUCUGGUGCAGCAACAGCCCCUCGUCCUCAAAUACCAUAACGGCCUUCUGCUCAAAGGCACCGUUACUGUUAAUCUCAUCUGGUACGGCAAGUUCACCCCUGUCCAGCGCUCCGUCAUCGUCGAUUUUCUCCAAUCUCUCAACUCCCCGGCCACAGCGCGGCCCUCCGUCUCGUCCUGGUGGAAGACGACGGAGAACUACAAGGGCGGUUCUGGUUCUUCUGCUAUCGUCGUCGGGAAACAAUUCCUCGACGAGAAUUACUCCCUCGGGAAGUCCCUCAAAAAUUCCCAUAUUGUGUACCUUGCCGCUAAGGGUGGGCACUCGGGCGGAGCGGUGAACGUCGUCCUGACGGCGAAGGAUGUCGCCGUCGACGGUUUCUGCAGGAGCAGUUGCGGCAGCCACGGGUCUACUCGGGGACCAGCCCGGUUCGCGUACGCGUGGGUGGGAAACUCCGAAACCCAGUGCCCCGGCUACUGUGCGUGGCCGUUCCACCAGCCGCUGUACGGGCCGCAGACGCCGCCCCUUGUUCCCCCGAACGGCGACGUGGGGGUCGACGGCAUGGUGAUCAACCUAGCCACGGUUUUGGCGGGAACGGUGACGAACCCGUUCAACAACGGGUAUUUCCAGGGACCGCCCACGGCUCCACUGGAGGCGGUCAGCGCUUGCACGGGCGUGUUCGGGUCGGGCGCUUACCCGGGAUACACGGGUAGGGUGCUGACGGAUAAGACAACGGGGGCUAGCUACAAUGCGCAUGGGGUGAAGGGCCGCAAGUAUCUGCUGCCGGCGAUGUGGGAUCCUCGGACAUCUCAGUGUUCAACACUCGUUUAAUUUUAACAACAAAGAAAUUUAAAAACAAAAAAAAAAAAAACGGCAAAGAAAAACUGGGGCAAGGUUCCGCUGCUCGCGGGUGUACGUAUGUUAAUACACGGCCUCGGGUGAAGGGUUUAUGAUGGGGUUUGGGGGUUUGUCCGCUUUGUGUGAUUGUACAUUUUGUUUUGUUAUGUAAAGGAAAAAGGUGAAAGAUUGCAAUAGGGAAAUAAAAUAAGGAAUACUGUUUAUUAUAUAUAAAGAAAAAGUGAAAUUAAAUAUGA